CUUAACUUGACUAAUUGUGUUCUUGCUUUAAAAUAUAUCUGUUACAAAUUAUUCAUUAAUACGUGCAUAAUUCUUGCAGGAUUUCGUCUGAAAGGUUUCAUUACCUUGCUGAUCAAAUUAAUCAACUUUUCUUACAUGAAAGGCCAGAAGUAUACUAUGUGCCCUAUGUAAAUAAUGCAGGAAAACCAAAAGCAGCAAGAGGGAAACUAUUUAAUGUGUAUUUAUACCAACGCCAACUAUUAAAAAAAUUUGGUUUGCUGGCAAAAAAAGAAAAUUUAACUACUUCAGAAGCUGCUCCCGAAAAUACCGAUGAACAAACCGAAGAUAUUCUACUAUGGCUUAAAAAUAAUACUGAACCUAAGAAUCAGGUACUAGAUUAUUGGAAACUCACAACUAAAGAGAGAGCCAAUCGAAUGGUCUCCAUUGACCAAUAUUUUAAGCAAUACCCAAUAUUGAGAAGUCCUUUGUCGUAUCAUUUCUUUGAAAUUGAUUUCGACAACACGUACCCCAAUAAAGAAACAGUCUUUUAUGUAAAAUGGCCAAUGGUUGCGAAAAAAAUUAUUACAUUUGCUAAACAAAAAAAGGACGCUUAUAUAAAAUCUUUGCUGGAUGACUAUAAAGCUAUCCAAUCUGAUGAUUUGGACGAAAUUUUCGCGUUGCGUGUACUGCCCCUGCUGUUUAAUACGGUGAACAUUAAAACCAAAAAAGUGGGUUUGCAUUGGCGACCAUCUAAAAUCGAAUCACUGAACGGAUUUAUAAUUUUUGUUAAAGAGAGUAGCGAUGUUCAAAGUGUGCUUGAGGAAAGGCAGCGUAAAUUAGCAUCAUUUAAGCUAACUACGCAACCUGUCCCCGUGGUGGUAUGUAAGCAAAUAGAUUCCAUCGAAAGUUGUUAUGUGAGCAUUAACACAGAAUUGUUGAAAGUUGAUACCUUAUUGAAAGCUGUAGAUAUCACAUUUAAGGCAUGUCAUGUUCUAAAUGCAGAAUACUCUAAAGAAUGUGAUGCGGCGUGGACUUUCUUACAAAAAUAUAUAUACGACAUUCAUACAAAAUUUGAUAGGAAUUACAUUUCAGUGAAUGCAUUGAUGUCUGAUUUAGGUAAUGCGUAAUGCUUUGGUUCAUAUCGGCUUUAACGUCUUAUUUAGGAACCUAAGUUACGUACUACUAACAAUUUUUGUUCUUAUAGGAAGUAAAAAUGUUUAUUUGUUUUGUAUGUCAAAAAUCUUGUAAAUCCACAAAAAUAUUAUUUUUUCAUUACAAAAUUGAACACGAAUUGAAAAAAUGUUCAACAUUUUUUUGUAAGCAAAGUAAUUGCCAUAGACAAUUUAGCAGCAUCAACUCUUUGUACAAACACCUCAAAACUCACGGGGUUUCAAAAUUAUCGCCUCCAUCACAAAACAUUGUAACACCCAUAAAUAUUACAGUAGAUGCAAGUACAGUCACUAAGGAAAAUUGCACUAGGUACGACAGUAGUAUAGAUGAUUCUUCUAGCAAUGAUAUUGACCCAGUCACAUUUCGUAAUACCAAUACUGAAGAAAAUAAUGAAGAAGAAAAUACAAGUGCUCAGGAUAUCAUUGAACAUCUAAAAAACGAAAUUGUAAAAUAUAUUUUGGAAAUGUACUCAAACUCCUUAAUUCCAAGAUCAUUUGUACAGUUUGUGGUUCAUAAAACAGAAUCUUUGUUUAUAUCAAUAUUAGAAUUUUUGGAGUUAAACUACUU